UGAAAUUGCUUAUAGGAAAAUAUAUAUAUAUUUUUAAAGUUUAUAGUUCAGGAUAUAAAAAGUGCCAAUAAUAUGACCUUGGCUGAAGAAAUACAGGAUAAGCUGCAGUCAUGGAAAAAGGCGAUCUCUUCCUUUGCCGGGGCUGAACCAGAUGAGAAAUGUAGAAACGACAAGUCUUUUAAACCUGCAGGAAUUCCUCUUGCCACAAAGAUAUGCUAUGCAAUUGGAGGAAUUCCAUAUCAGGCAACAAAUAUUGCCCUGGGCAUCUCUUUCCAGAUAUUUCUGCUGGAUGUAGUGCAAAUGGAGCCAUUCUUUGUCUCAAUGAUUUUGUUCAUCACUCGGGUAUGGGAUGCUGUAACUGACCCUCUAGUUGGUUACCUGGUGAGCAGGAGUGGGCGGACCCCAGUAGGCAAGCUCGUCCCUUGGUCAGUUUUGUCAAUGCCACUGGCCAUUCUGUCUUAUGUCUUUCUCUGGUUUAUCCCACACUCUGCAGACAACUCAUCAAUUGGUGUACCCUGGUAUCUCAUCAUCAGUUGUCUCUUCCAGACUCUAAUGAGUUGCUAUCAUGUCCCAUAUAUGUCACUUAAUAUGUUCCUGGGAGGAAGCGAGAGAGACAGAGAUUCAGCCACAGCCUUCAGAAUGAAUGCGGAGGUGUUGUCAAUGCUGCUGGCUGCUGUGAUGCAGGGGCAGGUGUUGAGAGUGUACAAUGCAGAAAGAGAGAACUACUGCAUGGACACGGACAAUAAGCUCACAUACAGCACCCCUUCUCCCUCUAUUGCUUCUCUACAGAACACACAAACUGCCUUCAUGACUUCAGCUCUGAUCCUGGGUGCUCUCUUCUUUCUCUGCUGUAUUGUGCUUUUUCUGGGAGUGAGAGAACAAAGUGUGCCUGCAGGCGUUCAGAAAGUGAAGCCCUCAUCAUCAUACCUCGCUGAUCUAAAGAAGCUGAUUGGCCAUGUCCCGUAUCGGCAUCUGGUGCUCGGCUUCUUGUUCACCUCUCUUGCUUUCCAGAUGGCUUUAGGAAACUUUGCUUUGUUCUGCAUCCAUGUAGCAGGAUUGGGAGCUCAGUUCCAAUAUCUCAUGUUGGCUAUACUGGUUUCAGCUACAGUAUCAGUGCCCUUGUGGCAGAUGAUUCUCUUGAGGUUGGGAAAGAAGAGAACUCUCUUUAUUGGCCUACCUCUCUUUAUUCCUGUCAUGAUAGUCCUAGCAUCUCUCUCAGAGAACUUCCCUGUCUACAUGAUCAUGUGCAUUCUGGUUGGCACCAGCGUAGCUACACUCUUCUUGUUACCAUGGUCCAUGCUGCCAGAUGUGGUGGAUGAGUUUUUGGUUGCGAACCCCUCCUGCAAGUCGAUGGAGCCGUUGUUUUUCUCCUGCUACUGCUUUUGCAACAAGCUCGGAGGAGGUCUCUCUGCUGGCAUCUCCACCAUGACACUACACUUGACAGGUUAUAAAACAGGAGCAUGCAGCCACAGCGGAGGAGUUGUCUUGGCGUUACGCCUGCUUUUGGCACCGAUUCCAAUCAUCCUACUGCUGGUGGGCCUGGUGUUCUUCUAUCUUUACCCCAUUAAUGAAAUGCAGCAGGAAAGGGUUCAGCAAGACCAGGAACAAACAAGAGUCCAACCACAGACCUUUCCAAAUAAAGAAGUCGUCAAACUACAGCAAAAAUCGUUCAAGAAGAUCAGCUUUCAAUUAAAGACUACUUCAAUAUCGCCUUCAUCCACAGUGAAACAUUCUUCUUCACAGCUGAGAUGUUCUCUUUCAAAUUCUUGGCAAAAGCAUGGCACUGCACACAUAAGCCCUCUCAGCCAUAAUGCUGGCCCAGACUGCACACUUCAGCCGCCAUUUUAUAAGCCAAAAUGGAGGUCAGAAUGCAGCUCGUCUGUAUCUAAGAUUAGUGUACAUCAGUCUUUACUGAAUGAGACUUGCUCUAAGAGAGCAGCUGUUACAUGGGUGUAAACGCAACUGACUUGUUGACAGGAAAGUCUUUUUAUGGGAAUUCAGCGGCCAUCUGUAAGCUGUGUGUUAGUGCUCUACGUAUCAGGGUUGAAUAUGUAUAUGAAUGCAACGGUUUAGUUAAUACUAAAAAAAGCACUAUUUUAAAAAUGCUUCAUGCACUUACCAGCCACUUUAUUAGGAACAUCUUUGAAGCACCUGGUCAUGCAGGAACUCUCCAAGCAGCCAAUCCUGCAGAACCUCUGAUGCUUUUCUGAUCUUUUGCUGACCAGUUUGGGGGAGUGUGUACUUUUACUGUAGCUUCAGAUUGCUGGUUUUGGCUGACACAACCCAAUGGUAUAUUUUUCUCGUCCUGUUGUGCAUUGGCACGACAACAAGCAAUUUUCUCUCCAGUCGUGGCUUUCUGUGAUGAAAUAAAGGAAAGAUUUGGCCAUAUUGUGUAUAAAAUGUCAGCUACUUCUUGCAAUAUCACAAGAAAUAUGGCACCACCAAAUAUCACAUGGGUGUGACUACCUACAGCCAGAUCACAGCCAUGCUGAUAAUCAGUUAAACAGCACUUUAAAAAAACCUUUUUGGUCUCAUUAACUUCAAGAGAAAAAAUAGUAGAAUCAGUUUUCCCAUAGCACAGAUGAUAACACAAUAGAGUAGGUGAUCUCGUUUUGUAUAAAUUUUUUUUACUUGUGGCUAUAGACAAAUAAAAAUCAUGGUGUGCUAUUCUUUAAUAAAUAAAUAAUCAUGUGUAAUUA